CGGCGCCGCCAGCUGGUUUCUUUGGUACAGCAUGGGGAUGAGAAGUGUCGAGGGGGAAAGAACGUCAGCGUUGAGUUGCCAAAGUACGACGCAUGGAGCCGACAAGUUUAUUUUUCCGCACAUCAGCGGGAAACAAGACGGCGCUUUUCCACUCCUGAAAGCUCCGCAGUCAACUUGUCAGCACUCCUCACAAGUUCCAACCACAGCAUCACGACGCGACAAGUUGGUCUUGGCGGUCACAAAACAAACCAAGAAAGGACAAAGAGACAAACAUUGUUCGAGACGAUUCACGAAAUCAACAAUAUGGCUGCCAGCUGCAGUCCCGGAGGUGACCUGCCGGUGGCAGCAUGGAGCCGUCAAUUGGACCGUAGAAGAAGAAGCACACGCGAAGAGCAGCAUGUCUCCGCCGGGAGGGAAGAUAAACAGACCAAAAACAGAGCUGGCCAAGAAGCUUUUGAAGCGGCGGCGACUUCUAAGGCGAGAGAAGAAGAAGCAGCAGCAUCAGAUCGUCGGCGCCGUGGUGGACGGGGGCCUCAUCACCAUCCAUCACCUGAAGAAGAGGAAUACCAGUCCAAGAGCCAACAUCACUUUGUCUGGAAAGAAGAAGCGGAAGCUGCUCAAACAGCUGCAGCGCCUCCACAGGGACAAGGCCGGAAUGGAAGUGGAAGCUGCAGCUUCUCCACCAAAGAAGACGACGACAACGUGCGAUCCAAACCAGGAGAAGAAGACAAAAGGCUGUCAGGACGUUGACAUGGUCGACGUGGAAUAACUGAUUGGUUGUUGUCUUGGACUCCCAGCAUGAUUGCUUGUUUACCUGGAAGACAUGACAGCAAACGUUGAAUAAACAUCAUACAUGUCAUGUUGAACCUGAAUACAUAUUAUAAAUAUAUUUAUGUUUCAAAUGAAGACAUAUGAAUAUGUAAUUGCCAGGAAAUAAAGCCUGUAUUAUUUUUAGCAUAAA